AUGACGCCAAGAAGGAUCGAUGCACGUUUUGUUUCCGACGAUUCUCGAAUUCCAAACACCUAUAUCCAAAGUCUUGAACAAUGUGUAGACCGUCUUCAAGACAGCUCGUCAAAGCUUCAAAGGUCUAUACACAAAUUAGAAAGUGGUUCUCGUGAAUUUUCAAGGAUAAAGAGAUUGCUUGCUUGCCAAAGAGUAUGUGAACUAGUGACCGAACCGGAGAUACGUGAUGCUCAAAAUUCAUUAGCGGUGCAGCUUGAACCUCGCAUCAACGCUCUUUUAUCAAAAGCAGAAGAAAUAUUACAAGGAUUAGUAGAGAAGGAUAAUACGCUCCAGGAGGAGGUGGAUAAGCGCGAGAUUGAAUUCGAACUGGAAAUGAAAAAAGAACAAUUAGAAUCAAAACAAAAUGAAAAGGUUAAAAAGCAUUCAUCUCAAGCUCAACAAAAAAAGCAACAAAAGGAUGUAAAAAAAGAAUUGAUGGAGUUAAAGAAAAAGGUGAAAAGGUUGGAGAUAGAAUGCGAACAGCAGUCUCAAGUUUUAAAUGAAAUAAUUGAAGCUCAACAUGAAUUUGAAGAUGCUUUCGAGGAAGAUUUGAUAGAGGAGGAACAACUCGAACACGCUUUAAGCCAAAUUGAGAUUGGAUCCCGUGUGCAAGAUACUUUGGAGGAAGCCUCGGUAGAGGAAAGAAAUGAAGUAGAACCCGAAUUCGUUUCAAACCAAAUUGACUGCGCGCAAGAAUUAAGAGCCAGUGGCAUAGAGAACAUGAAAAAAUUAUGUAAAUUUUUAUUCCCAACGGAUGAUCUUGGUAGCACGGUCGCUCGUAUUGCCGAAAUAUUACUCGAUGCUGAAAACAAAGAAAUAUACAUCAAUGAAUUGAGCUUGGAAUUUCCACCAGAACAAGACCAUCUACAUCGGCUUCAAACCGCCAUAACUUUACUAAAUGCAUUUGAGAUAACGGAAAUAGUCUGCGAUGAAGAAUUAAAAGAAGGACAAAAUGAAGAUAAAAUGAUUUUAAGAUUAAAGGUCGAUAGUUAA